CACCCUUAAUUGAAGGUAGUGAAUUGGCGACUUUAGUCGAGGAGCCAAUUCACUAUUUUGUACCGAAUUUACUUCGGUAGUGGAGGUUUGGUUCGUUAGGGCCUCAAUCUGUUUACUCCGGUGGAGGUUAGUCGCCCGCUGGGGACUCAGAUUGAGAGGGUCUGGAGACCUUUAGUCGAGACUUCAGACUGCUUAAGAACCUCCCGCAGUAUAACUAUCAUUAAAAGUGAACUUGAUAAAUUGCAAUCCGGCUUGACUGUAGUCUAGGGGGAACCAUAUCCGGGUGACCUCUCUCGACUUGAAACAACCGUUUAAUUGCUUUGCUUGUUUGCUUAAUUGAACCUGCACUAAAGUUUCACUGCUAGAUAAUAAGAAUUCACUGAGUAGUCAUCACAUCUAGGACCCGGGUUGACAAUAAAACUCAAACCCGCUAUACUACGCUCUAGGAAGUAGUUACACUUGGCCAUUUUCUAGGGUGACAGUAGGAGUGAGUCAAGUUUUUGACGCCGUUGCCGGGGACGGCUAGGUUGUUGAAGAAACGUGAAUUCUGUUAAUUUAGCUAUUCUUUUCGCAUUGUUUGAUUUGUCACAAUUGUGCCUUCACGGGUUUGCUUGCUUGACUGUGUGCAGGUAGUGCAUGACCCGUAACCAGUCGGGAAGUUUACUGCCAUUGAAUUUGGAGCUUGAACGCACCUGCCGCCAACUUAGGAGACAACAACGAGCUAGACUGGCUACGAAAGAGCGCACAGACGGCCACUUGAGUAGCGAUUCUGAGGAAGAGUACGAGAUGGAAGGCAAACACAGCCCACCCCAGGGGAAUCCUCUCCAGGUUCCCCCGGUGAAUCUGUUCUUGGGGAACAACCCCAUACCCCAAGCAGAUGGAUUUCAUCAUCAUCGACCGCCGCCGGGUCCCACCUUGGAGUACUACUACACUCCACGGAUUGCUGACAUCCGCCCUGUCAUCCUCUAUCCGCCCAUUCCAGCGAACAACUUUGAGAUCAAGCCAUGCUGGAUUCAACUCAUUACAUCCUCUAUCCAGUUCCAUGGCUUGAAGGAUGAGGAGGCAAGGGUGCAUCUUUCCCGUUUUCUGCAGCUGACGAAUGGGUUCAAGCUAAACGGUGUCCCUGAUGACGCAAUCCGCCUUCACCUCUUCCCCCAUUCUCUGGCGGGGAAUGCUAAGAGGUGGUUGGAGACCCAGCCCCCAUUGUCCAUCACUUCUUGGGACGAUCUGGCCAACAAGUUCGUGCACAGGUACUAUCCGGCAUCGAAGACCACAGAGAUCCAGCGGGAGAUCACUCACUUCCGCCAAGAGCCAGACGAGUCACUUCGUGAUGCAUGGGAGCGGUACAUGGGAUUUUUCUGGCACUGUCCCCAUCAUGGCUUCAGUGAUGCAUUCACCGUGGGGAACUUCUACAGUGCUCUCGCUCCGGACAGCCAGAGGGUGAUUGAGUCUCUAUGCCCAGGAGGGGAUAUUCUUACUAAGACCCCACCCGAACUGAACCAGAUGAUCAGUACACUGGCUGCAGAUAAACCAUUAAUUGCACAUGUUUUUACUCCUAUUCUGGAGCCGUUUGAGGUGUUGAUUCUCGUGUUUUAGGCCGAUUUCAUGCUAGGUUGUGUUUGUUUGUGAUAUUUCAGGUCCUAGCAAGUGAAUGAAGGUUUAGGAGCGAGUUCGGGGUCGAUUAGACGAAGAUCGGGCGCGAGGCAAGUCACAAAGGAAGCCACACGGGCACACUCACACCUCACACGGCCGUGCAAGUGACCAAUUUGGCCGUGUGGGAUUGUGCGAGCCUUCACACGGGCACAGGUAAAAUCCACACGGCCGUGUGAAGUUGCAAUUUGGACGUGUGGAAUUCUGCGAGGCUUCACACGGCCAGGCUGGGUGAGCUACACCGCCGUGUGCCCCUGGCCGUGUAGGAGCCUGAAACCACAUAAUCGGAACGCGGCGUUUUGUGUCUCACACGGGCAACUGGGUAUGCCACACGACCGUGUGACCCUGCCCGUGUGAGUCGGGAUUUUCUGGUUUUAAGCCAAUUUCCAGCCACAAGUUGGGGGAUUCGAGUUUUAGAGAGACAGAGCGAUUUCUAGAGAGAGAAAGCGACGAACAAGAGUUCCCAAGUGCCCUAGCUUGGUCUUCAUCACCAUUGGAGCUUGGCUUGAGCUUGGAGGAGUGCCGAUCAAUGUCCAGGAGCAGGAAUCCAUCCUUCACAGUAUGGUUUCCGCAUCUGAAUCUGCUUUUGCUUCUUUCUCCAUGGAGUAGUUCUCCCAUUCAUCUGGGUAUGGGAAACCCUAGAUUUGUAUGUUAGGUCUGAUUGUAUGAACCCAAGUACAGAUUCUAUGUUUUGAUUAUAUUCAAUUGAGGUUUGAAUGAUUGAAUGGCAUGAAUCCUGAUCAAAUUCCUGUUGUUUCUACUUUAACCUAGAAUGAGAAUAUCUGCCUUGGUUGAUAGAGCAUCCUUGAUUGACGGUAGGGAGUUGGUGACUUUAGUCGAGGAGCCAACUCACUAUUCUGUACCGAAUUCACUUCGGUAGUGGAGGUUUUGUUCGUUAGGGCCUCAAUUUGUUUACUCCGGUGGAGGUUAGUCGCCCGCUAGAGACUCAGAUUGAGAGGGUCCGGAGACCUUUAAUCGAGACUUCAGACUGUUUAAGAACCUUCCGCAGUAUAACUAUCAUAGAAAUUGGACUUGGUAAUUGCAAUCCGGCUUAACUGCAGUCUAGGGGGAACCAUAUCCGGGUGACCUCUCUCGACUUGAAACAACCGUUUAACUUGCUUUGUGUUUUUGUUUUUUGAACCUGCACUUAAGUUUUACUGCUAGAUAAUAAGAAUUCACUGAGUAGUCAUCACAUCUAGCAAUGCAGUCAAAAUCUCGAUUUUAAGUAAAAUCGAAAACUGAGGUAGAAUCGAAAUCGUAGAUUAAAAUCGUAAAAUCGUA